GGAAUCGGGGCUUCACAUGAUAUGGAAGAGUGCUAGCUUGCGUGCUACAUCUGAGAAGCAGCCUUGGCUCCCAGGCACCAUGGGUGCACAGUCCGCGGAAAAGCUGAAGAAGCAGCUACGUCAGGCCAGCUUGGCCAGGAGCAUGUCAAGAUCCACGGAAAGUGACCUUGCUUCACAACACAGCAUCCUCAAAUCAGGUUUUGCUUCUCAAGGAUCAGUUGGAAUCUCACCCAAAAAGCAGGUGGCUGUCAAGCCUUCCAAACGUGUAACAAUCUCAGGCGUGAUUGAUCCAUCAGGGAAAAGUGUCCCGGAGGAGAAGAAGGAGGAAGAAGAGGCAGGGAAUCCUGAGCUCCACACAGUUAACAAUCUGAGGAUGGAUGCAGGCUCCAGUGCAGCAGCUAUGAUGGGGACAGAUACAGACCGCCCACCCCCACAGUCCCACGCUUCAAUGGGAGAAGGAGCCCCUGAGGCAAAGAGUCCUGCAGUUGGGGGUGGCAACUCAGAAGCAGCUGAAUUCUCAAGGCCAGGCAGCCAGAUCAUUGCCAGGGAGCCUGGUGUGGCAAACGUGACUUCCCAGAAGUCUGACCAGAUCAAGGAUGUGGGACAGCCCAGCACUCCCCGCCUGGAGGAUCAGGGUUGCCAGGUCUCCGGUUUCCUGCCGGAGUCUCAGGGAAAAAGGGGCCGUCUCCGGCCUCCGGCUAUACUUCAUUUAAAAAGGUGGAUCUCCGGCUUUUCAGCGGCCCCCUCAGCCACGCAUGCGUGAUUGACACACGCAUACGUUGGGCUGUGGCUGGCCGCCUUCCCACCCUUUCUCAGUCAGCCGCGGACUGCAGACACAGGAGGACGAAGCGGCUGCCAGCAGGUGCCUCAAGAAGACUCA